AUGAUUAAAACUUUUGGUGGAUUUCUGAAGGUCAAAUUUAGACCAAUCAGGAACUUGCAAUUACUUAGAUAUAAUACUCAACCAGCCAAGGUAAAGUCUACUUCAUCGUCAGCAACUUCCCUGACGCAGCCGAAUUUCCACAGACCUGAUAGUGCUGGGUCUCAUGAAAGAGCUGAUGCUGCAGACGCCGCAGCGACAAUUCUAGCUGAUUUGAGAGAUGCCCAAAUCAAUCCUAAUAAAACAUUAUGGCUAGAUGCAUUAAAAGAACGUGAAAAAUUAUCUGCCCAAGGCAAGACUAUCGAUAGCUUUACUUAUGUUAACCCUAUAACUACUGAAGUUGGUGAAAAAACUCGCGAGGACUCAUUUACUUACUUGUUAUUACCUUUCAAAAAGGAUCUGUGGUUGUGCGAUGCUUAUAUCAAUGCGUUUGGUAGAUUACGUGCUGGCCAAUUGUUUCAAGAUUUGGAUGCCCUUGCAGGGAGGAUAGCUUAUAGGCACUGCUCUCCCGCUGAACCGGUUAAUGUCACGGCUAGUGUUGAUAGGAUAUACAUGGUCAAAAAGGUCGAUGAGAUCACGAACUAUAAUUUCGUGCUUGCAGGGAGUGUUACAUGGACAGGAAGGUCAAGUAUGGAGAUAACUGUUAAAGGGUAUGCUUUUGAAACCGAUAUAAGUGAGGAGGACUUGUCACACGGAGAAGAUGCCCUUGCCGAUGAAAACGUAUUUCUUACUGCUAAUUUCACCUUUGUUGCACGCAAUCCAAUAACUCAUAAACCAUUUGCUAUCAAUCGAUUACUACCCAUUUCAGAACAAGAUUGGAUAGACUAUAGAAGAGCAGAAAGCCACAACACCAAGAAGAAAUUGAUGGCCAGAAAUGCACGUAUGAUUGAACCUACUCCCGAAGAAUCUCGGUUGAUUUACGAUAUGUGGAGAUCAACAAAAUCGAUUGAAAAUGAAGACGAUAUAAAAGAGAGCAAUGUCAAUGGAUUGGCAUUCAUGAAGGAUACUUUACAACAAUCAACAUUAUUCAUGCAACCCCAAUAUCGUAAUCGUCACUCGUAUAUGAUAUUUGGUGGAUAUUUAUUGAGACAAUCAUUUGAGCUAGCUUAUUGUACAGCUGCAAGUUUUGCGAAAGCGGGACCAAGAUUCGUUAGUUUGGACUCAACUACUUUUAAGAACCCCGUACCUGUUGGUUCGGUGUUAUCCAUGAACGCCUCGGUUUCAUAUACUGAACAUUUACGGAGUAACGAUGAUACUGAAGAUGAGGUGCAUUCACCUUUUAAUUUCAAAUUACCAGCAAUGAACAAGAUUAGUUCUAACCCCGAGGCGUUCUUGUCUGAACCGGGUACAUUAAUCCAAGUUAAAGUUGAUACUUUUACACAACAUUUAGUAGGAGCUAACACAAGAAAACCUGCUGGUACAUUUAUUUAUUCAUUUUUUGUACCCAAGGAGAGCUAUGGAGAGGCGCAGCAACAACAACAACAACAAUUGCGCUAUUGUUCCGUGAUCCCCCAGACAUAUUCCGAAAUGAUGACCUACAUUAGUGGAAGAAGAAGAGCAUAUGAUACUGCUCAAUAUGUGGAAACUUUGCCAAAGAGUAACAAGUAG